AUGUCAGCGAAGUCUAUUCUCGAGGCUGAUGGAAAGGCCAUCCUGAACUACCACCUCACUCGUGCUCCAGUGGUCAAGCCGACUCCUCUGAAACCAUCGGGCGUGCACAACCCUCCUGCAAAACUAGCCUCUCUCUACUUCCCCGAAGAUGAAUCGGUGAAGACGGUCCUCGACCAAGCAGAAGCCACCUAUCCAUGGCUCCUCGCGCAGGGUGCCAAGUUCGUUGCAAAGCCAGAUCAACUGAUCAAGAGAAGAGGAAAGAGCGGCCUGUUGGCCUUGAACAAGACCUGGCCCGAGGCUCGAGCAUGGAUUGAAGCCAGAGCCGGCAAGGAACAAAAGGUCGAGACGGUCACUGGUGUCCUCAGACAAUUCUUGGUUGAGCCGUUUGUGCCUCAUCCUCAGGACACUGAAUACUACAUCAACAUCAACUCAGUCAGAGAUGGCGACUGGAUCCUCUUCACGCACGAGGGUGGCGUUGAUGUAGGUGACGUUGAUGCAAAGGCAGAGAAAGUCCUCAUUCCAGUCGACUUGAAGGAAUUCCCUUCAAAUCAAGAGCUGGCCACGGCACUUCUCAAGAAGGUCCCUAAAGGUGUCCACAACGUUCUCCUGGAUUUCAUUGUCCGACUCUACUCAGUCUACGUGGAUUGCCAGUUUACCUACCUCGAGAUCAACCCCUUGGUCGUCAUCCCCAACGCUGCCGGCACUUCAGCUGAUGUCCACUUCCUCGAUCUUGCAGCGAAACUAGACCAGACAGCUGACUUUGAAUGCGGCACAAAAUGGGCCAUUGCACGAAGUCCCGCUGCUCUUGGUCUCCCCGGAACCAAGACCGAUGGAAAGGUCACCAUCGACGUUGGACCACCAAUGGAAUUCCCCGCACCUUUCGGACGUGAGCUCAGCAAAGAAGAGAAGUACAUUGCGGACAUGGAUGCGAAGACCGGUGCCUCACUCAAACUUACUGUAUUGAACUCUCAAGGUCGCAUCUGGACCCUGGUCGCCGGCGGUGGUGCUUCAGUCGUGUACGCAGACGCCAUUGCUUCCGCUGGCUUCGUCUCUGAAUUGGCCAAUUAUGGUGAAUAUUCAGGCGCCCCUAGCGAGACGCAGACGUACAACUAUGCCCGCACAGUUCUCGACUUGAUGCUCCGAGCGCCAUUGCACCUUGAUGGCAAGGUUCUGUUCAUCGGUGGUGGUAUUGCCAACUUUACCAACGUUGCCUCCACCUUCAAGGGUGUCAUCCGCGCCCUAAGAGAGGUCGCUCCUAUCCUCAACGAUCACAAGGUUCAGAUCUGGGUCCGUCGUGCCGGUCCCAACUACCAAGAAGGUCUCAAGAACAUCAAGGCUGUGGGUGAAGAGCUCAAGCUCAACAUGCAUGUGUACGGCCCUGAAAUGCAUGUCAGCGGUAUUGUGCCUUUGGCCCUGCUCGGCAAGAAGUCCACCAUCCCCGAAUUUGGCGGGCAAUAG